AUGGACACCAGUGAGGAUAUUCAAGAUGUCUCUCAGCGGAUGGAGAAGCUGGACUUCAAUCAUCCAUUUACCCCUUACGAUGUCCAAGAGCAGUUCAUGAAAGCAGUGUACAACGUCCUUGAAACGGGAGAUGGCCAAAUCGGCAUUCUUGAAAGCCCCACGGGAACGGGGAAAUCAUUGUCCUUGAUCUGCGCGUCUCUGACAUGGCUACGACAUCACAAGUCACACAGCCAUGAAGUUGAGCUGAAAAGCGCGGUUGAGGCCCACAAGGAUGAACCAGAGUGGAUUGUGGAACAGCUUCUGCGUCAGAAACGAGACGAGCUUGCAAAGAAAUGGCAAGAGCGUGAAGAACGCCUCGAGGCUGCUAGGCGUAAGGAAAAGGCCCAAGAAGACCGAGCCCGGAAGCGGCGGCGAGUUGAUGAGGUAAGAUCACAGAAACGGACCAUUGAUGAGGAUGAUGAGUUCCUGCUUGAUGUCCAAGGUGAUGAUGCGGCGUCACACGGGUCCGGUGAUGCCCAGUCUGGACUGAGCAAGGAGGCGCGUGAAGUUCUUGCUAGGUUCGGUCUCGGUAUUCCCAAAAAGAACAAUGGGAACGAAGAAACCGACCUCUUUGAAGAAGGAGUCAAGAUCUAUUACACUUCAAGAACGCAUUCCCAGCUGUCCCAGUUCAUUACCGAACUUCGCCGACCGCACUUUCCCUCGUCACUCCCAGGGGCCAUGCUCCAGACACAGGACCAGCCGAGCAAAGAAGCCGUCAAACUGCUACCGCUCUCGUCCCGCCAAAAGCUAUGCAUCAACCCAUCAGUCUCCCGAUUGGGGUCGGUACAGGCGAUCAAUGAUCGCUGCGCAGAUCUACAGCAAGCUAAAUCCAGUACAAGGUGCCCGUUCGUUCCGAAGGAAGAGCUCUUGGCACAGACUCAUGAGUUUCGAGAUGCUGCCCUUGCCUCUCUGCCCGACAUUGAAGACUUACACCAGCUGGGCAAAUCGCUCUCAGUUUGCCCUUACUAUGCAUCACGAACGGCGCUUCCCGGUGCGGAAAUCGUCACGCUCCCGUACCCCCUGCUGUUGCAGCAGAGCGCCAGAGACGCCCUUGGCAUUAAGCUUGAAGGGAGUGUAGUCAUUGUUGAUGAAGCUCACAACAUAAUGGACGCUAUCGCUGGUGUACACGCGGCAGAGAUCCGGCUGAGCGACCUGAAAAGAGCCAAAGGAAUGCUCGGUGUCUAUGUAAGAAAAUUUGGAAAGAAGCUCAAAGGUGAAAACCGAGUCAACGUCGGGCGGAACGAGGAUGGGAUUGUCGAGUCUAACGAUCUCCUCAGACGAAAGGGAAUUGACCAAAUCAAUAUGUUCGAGCUUAUACGAUACAUAUCAGAUUCGAAGCUCGCAUUCAAGAUCGAAAGCUACGUCGCCCACGUGGAAAGCGAGAAUGAGCCAGGAGCUGUGACAAAGGUUGGCGGUACUCCAGUAUUGCACACACUGGCCUCGUUUCUUGUUGCUUUGACCAAUCUCAGCUCUGAGGGCCGGAUAUUCUACCAGAAGAUGGCCGGGCCAUCACCAGAUAUCCAGCUUUCCUACCUUCUUCUAUCGCCAACUCACGCCUUUUCAUCCGUUGCCUCUUCGGCAAGAGCGGUGAUUCUCGCAGGAGGUACCAUGUCUCCCUUUGAAGACUAUAAGGACCAUUUAUUUCCAACUCUUCCUACCUCAAAGGUCACGACACUGAGCUGCGGGCACGUUAUUCCGAAGGAGAAUCUUUGCGUGUGGACGCUGGGCACAGUACGACCUGGGGCUCCUCAGUUUGAGUUCAGUUAUCAGCGGCGCAGAGAUCCAGAAAUGAUCACGCAAUUAGGCAUGGCUGUUUUAAAUGCGUGCUCUAUCGUCCCUGAUGGUGUGGUCGUCUUCUUUCCCAGUUAUGGGUACCUUGAUGAAGUCGUUGCCGCCUGGGAGCAAACCCAAAGUGCGAACUCGCAGUCGAUAUGGGCCCGCCUCCAGGGGCGAAAAGCCGUCUUUCGUGAGACAAAAGGUGGCUCGAGCGACCAGGUCUUGAAUGACUAUACACAGGCCAUCCAGGGCGAGCAGAGCAACGGGAAAGGAGCGCUGCUACUAAGCGUUGUGGGAGGAAAGAUGUCUGAAGGCAUCAACUUUUCGGACAGGCUGGGACGCUGUGUCAUGGUGGUCGGGCUCCCUUACCCCAACAUCGCCUCGCCAGAGUGGAAGGCUAAACUUGAAUACAUCGAAACAACAGUCUUCAAUCGGUUGACUAAUUCAAAUGGGGAGGAUGAUAGCCAUGGACAAUCAGCAGGCCAGCGAAAGGCUAUCGGCCAGGAGGAAGCAAGAGCGCAAGCGAAGCAGGCGAGUCGGGACUUUUACGAGAACGCAUGCAUGCGCGCCGUGAAUCAGAGCAUCGGGCGAGCAAUUCGGCACCGGGGCGACUACGCAGCCAUUAUCCUGGUGGAUCGGAGGUUCGGAACGGAGAGGAUUCGAGGGAAGCUGCCGGGGUGGAUCCAGAAUGGUAUGCAAGCAAGCGGAGGGGAAGAGAAGGGAAUGGCGGGCUUGAUGGGGGCCCUAGGUGGUUUCUUUAGGGGCAGAAAGCAGACUGGGAAGAGCUGA